AUGUCAGCAUCCGAUUCUGAUUCAAGCACAGCGUCAAGAGAGGUCGACUCUGACAUGUAUAGACGAGAAUUUGAUUUAGAAGACGAGGAACAUUCAUUGGCAGAUAAUAUGAAUGCGAGCGUUAGUGUAAACACGAACGAUGGCGAUUUUGAGGCGUACGGAAACGAACCACUGGCAGACGAAGCCUGGUUACAAAACUACGCAAGGGAAACGGAACAAGAAAGACGACAAAUCGAAGAAUAUACACAGAGAUUGCAAAGCGAAGUACCUGUUAAUUCAUGGUGCAAUUGUGGAAAUUGCAAUGUGGAUUUGUUAACAAAUCCUAAGGAGUGUAAAUGCUGUCACGAAAUCGCGGACUGUUUGAUAGAAAUGCAAGACGAAGUGGUUGUUAGCCAAUUAGGGAAGCAGCCAAACUGCAUCACAGACCAUCCGGGUUUUAAUGCCGUUUGUCUCAAUCGAUGGUCAUUACAAUUAUCGGCGAGCCAAUACCAAACGCGAGAUGGAAUAAGAUAUCGUAAAAAAGCCUUGGAGGGAAGAUUUUUCCGUGUUGUUGCCUAUCGGCAAUUUACAAGAAUGGUCCAUGGCAUUCUCCAUGACAAAAGGAUUCCACUGCCAGCAUGUGCCUACCAUGCAAUCCGAUCAACUUUCCCUGUAGCAAAAAAUGAACACUUUGAAGGUUAUCAAGAGGGUGAUUUGUAA